AUGUCUACGCCAGGAUCUCGAAGAUCGGCCCGCAGUGGCCGUGGUUCUGUCAGUGCAACACCGUCGAAGCAAGCACGAAGCACACCGCAGCCGUCCCGACAACAAGCGUCUGAUAACGUGGCAGUAUCAUCUCCCCUCUUCUUCCAGUCUUCACCCACCAAAUCCACGCCUCGACAGUCUCAGCGCUCCAAUGGCGACCUCAUCAUCAGUUCUCCACCUCGACAACAACCGGUGAUUGAGGACGGCGACACAACCCCCAAGGCCACAAGAUUCCCAAACAUUACAGGCAAGCACUUCGACAUAGACGCAGACUCUUCCCCACUCCGAUACGACCCUAGCUCAAGCCCUGCAAGGACUCGACAGCAACCUACAGAUGCGCCAACAAGUAGUAGUGGAUUGUUCUUGAGAUCCGAUCCUCCUAGGAUAUCCUCGCGAAGAGGUGACAUCCACUCUGACGCUUUUCCCGCUGCAUCCACAGGAGGGAGAAGAAUAUUUGUGGGCGACGAUGGUGUUCCAAUCAGGGACUCUGAGCCCGCCUCAGAGGCUACCUUUUCCAACGCCAACCCAGACACUUCAGAUGCUGACGUGCUCGCGGGUGGCUCAACUAGAGUCAUCUGGGGUACCAAUGUCUCGAUUACAGACUGUAUGGCUGCUUUCAAGAAUUUUCUAUACAAUUACACUCCAAAGUACAGGAUGUGGGCAGACGGCAUGUCGGAAGACGAGACCAGGGCACUGGGUGGUCGAGCAGACGAAAAAGAAUACAUGAACAUGCUUAAUGACCUUCGAAGGAUGGGUUUGGCAGGCCUCAAUCUCGACGCGAGGAACCUAAAAGCCUACCCAGCCACACUCAAACUAUGGCACCAAAUGCACAACUAUCCACAAGAGAUUAUCCCUCUAAUGGAUCAAUCACUCAAGGACGUGAUGAUGGAGUUGGCUAAGCGAGAGAUGGCCGAAUUGCAGAGAGCAAAUGCUGUUCGACCGCGCGCCCGAUCACGCCUCUCAAGUUCAAUGCCUGCUUAUCCUAGCUCAGAUCCUGCCACGCCAGCAGCUCCCCAGGAAGUGCCAAAUCUUGUUGAGGAUGCUGAAGUACGGAACUACAAAGUUCUGCCUUUUGGGCUGGAGAAGACAGUCAACAUGCGCGACCUAGAUCCCACCGACAUUGACAAGCUGAUAUGUGUCAAAGGUCUGGUGAUCCGCACCACUCCGGUUAUUCCAGACAUGAAAGAAGCUUUCUUCAGAUGCAGCGUCUGUAAUCACGCAGUCCUGGUCAGUAUUGACAGAGGCAAGAUCGCCGAGCCUGUCAAAUGUCCUCGACCGGUUUGUGAUUCGAGAGACAGUAUGCAGAUCGUCCACAAUCGAUGCAAUUUCAGUGACAAGCAGGUCAUUAAGCUGCAAGAAACACCAGAUGCUGUGCCAGAUGGACAGACUCCCCACAGUGUCUCUCUGUGUGUGUAUGACGAGCUCGUCGACGUAUGUAAAGCUGGUGAUCGCAUCGAAGUGACAGGUAUUUUCCGAGGCAACCCUGUUCGUAUCAACCCGCGCCAACGUACUGUGAAGUCGCUGUUCAAGACUUACGUCGACGUCCUCCACAUACAGAAGACCGACAAACGCAAGCUCGGCAUAGAUGUCAGCACGAUUGAGCAGGAGCUAUCGGAGCAGGUCGUGGGCGGCGCAGAACAGGUGAGGAAGAUUACGGCCGAAGACCUAGCAAGAAUCGAGGAAGUUUCACAGCGACCGGAUGUCUAUGAGAUACUUGCUCGAAGCUUAGCUCCGAGCAUAUACGAACUGGAUGACGUCAAGAAAGGUAUUCUCCUACAGCUUUUCGGUGGUACCAACAAGUCAUUUUCAAAGGGUGGUAGUCCCAAGUACAGGGGAGAUAUCAAUGUCUUGUUGUGUGGUGAUCCCUCGACUGCGAAGUCUCAGCUGCUACAGUAUGUUCACAAGAUUGCUCCUCGCGGUGUUUACACUUCUGGUAAGGGUUCAUCCGCGGUCGGUCUUACAGCAUACGUGACAAGAGAUCCUGAAUCUCGGCAGCUUGUGCUUGAAUCUGGCGCUCUCGUAUUAUCUGAUGGCGGUGUGUGUUGUAUUGACGAGUUCGACAAGAUGAACGAAAGCACUAGGUCGGUGCUCCAUGAAGUGAUGGAACAGCAGACCGUUUCUAUUGCCAAAGCUGGCAUCAUAACGACGUUGAAUGCUCGUACAAGCAUUUUAGCUUCUGCCAACCCUAUUGGCAGCAAGUACAAUCCGAACUUACCAGUACCUCAGAAUAUCGACCUACCUCCGACACUGCUUUCUCGUUUCGACCUUGUCUACCUUGUGCUCGACCGAAUUGAUGAGGUCAAUGACCGACGGCUGGCCAAGCACUUGGUAGGGAUGUACCUCGAAGAUACGCCUGAAAAUGCUAGCCGGGAAGAAGUCUUGCCCAUUGAGUUUCUAACACUUUACAUUUCUCAUGCUCGCUCCCAUUGUCAUCCGACAUUGACUCAGCCUGCUGCCAACGCUCUCACCGAAGCAUAUGUCGCGAUGCGUAGCCUAGGAAACAGUAUUCAAGCAAAUGACCGACGCAUCACUGCCACAACUCGGCAGUUAGAGUCGAUGAUCCGUCUUUCCGAAGCACAUGCUAAGAUGCGACUAUCACCCACAGUCGAGGAGUCAGACGUCACCGAGGCAGUACGGCUGAUCAAAUCAGCUAUCAAAGCAUCGGCGACAGACGCACGGACAGGCCUCAUCGACAUGGGAUUGCUCGGUGAAGGUGGUGGCGCGAGCGAACGAAGACGCAAAGAGGAGCUGAAGCGGAGCAUUCUUAUGGGCCUUGACAACAACGAAAACGUGAGAGCAGGGGAUACUGUGAGAUAUGCCGAGCUGUACAGGAGUAUAGCGGAUGGAGCUACGGCCGAGAUUGAAGGUGCUGAAUUCUUGGAAGCCAUUAAGAGCUUGGAAGCUGAAGGCAAGAUUAUGGUGCUUGGGGAGGGUGCUAGGAGAGUCGUGAGGCGAGUCACUGGCGGGACGGUGUAA